AUGUCGGAAUCUCAGCAAGAGCCUCCUCCUCCUCCACCUUCUAAGCGACAGCAUCAUCUUUCUCUGUCUUCUAUGAAACCUCCGUUAGUUGCGCCCGGCGAGUAUCACCGGUUUGACGCGGCGGAGACUCGAGGUGGCGGAGAUUCUGAUCAGGUUCCUGAGACGAUUGUUAUUAAAUCUGCUCUGAAGCAUAAGACAGAUUUCGCAAACCAAAUAACUGAGCCCGACGAAUUGAAUACCGGUGUUCUCCAAACACCUCUACCAGGGAAAGGCGGGAAGGCGAAAAAAACUCCUAGGUCAGCGAAGUCUAAUAAAUCUGGAACGCAAGCUUCUGGUUCUAAUGCAGGUUCUCCUGGAAAUAACUUUGCACAGGCUGGUACUUGUCGAUAUGAUAGUUCGCUAGGUCUUUUAACGAAGAAAUUUAUCAAUUUGAUCAAACAAGCAGAGGAUGGUAUUCUUGAUCUAAAUAAAGCAGCUGAUACUUUAGAGGUGCAAAAGAGACGGAUAUACGACAUAACCAAUGUGUUAGAAGGAAUAGGAUUGAUAGAGAAGACGCUCAAGAAUAGGAUUCAGUGGAAGGGGCUCGAUGUUUCGAAACCAGGAGAAACAGUUGAAAACAUAGCUAACCUACAGGAUGAAAUACAAAACCUCGCAGCUGAGGAGGCAAAAUUGGAUGACGAAAUCAGAGAAUCGCAAGAAAGAUUAACAACCUUGAGCGAGGAUGAAAACAAUAAAAGGUUUCUGUUUGUUACUGAAGACGACAUUAAGAACCUACCAUGCUUCCAGAAUAAGACGCUGAUAGCUGUAAAAGCACCACAUGGAACAACUCUUGAAGUGCCAGAUCCUGAUGAGGCUGGUGGUUAUCCUCAGCGGAGAUACAGAAUAAUUCUGAGAAGCACGAUGGGACCAAUAGACGUGUAUCUAGUCAGUCAAUUCGAAGAGAGGUUUGAGGAACUUCCUCAUGCGGAUGAACCUUCGAAUCAUCCAUCAACGUCUGGUCCCCCUGAGAACCAAGAUGUAGCCAUGCCGAUGGAGGAGGACAGUACGGACAAAAACAGAGAAAUGCAGGAACUUGAUGAUACUCAAAGAGUUUACUCUGACAUUGAAUCUCAGGACUUUGUUGAUGGUAUUAUGAAGAUUGUUCCUCCAGAUCUAGAUAUGGAUGUAGAUUACUGGCUUCGAUCAGAGGUGGGCGAAGUCAGCAUCACAGACUUGUGGCCAAAUGAAUCUGGACCGGACUGGAACUCGAUGGUUUCAUUUGAUCAAAAUAAUGCAGGACCGAGCAACACAACAACAAACUUGGAGCAGCCACAGACUCCAUCGAGUCCAACACCGGAAAAUUCCACUGCUACUAAAUCUACAGGUAGCUGA